UCACCGCACUGCGGAGACAAUAGAGCUACACCUCUGCACUUACUGAAGCGCCUGAGGAGCAUCGAGCACUCUGGCCGCCUAACUGAAGCAUUGUAUUACUCAGGACUGGACUUAAACGGACGCAGAACAUUUGAAUUGGCCUCACGUGCGGCUUUUUCAAGUGAUUCUGCAGACCUCGGAACUGAUCAGGACCGCGACUUGAUCACCGAACAUGGCGAGCGCCGCGUCACCGCCCGACUACGACGCCAAUGGCGAGUCAUACGACGACGGGGAGAGAGAGAGCGGAGAGGCCGACAGUCUGGACGCUUACACGCCGACCUACACGGAGGCUUUCCCUCCUCUGCCGGUCUCGGUUGUUCCUCAAGAGCAGAAGCUGUCUCAGUCGACAUGGGCGGCACAGACUCAAGCGAUUCGUAGCUCGACUAUCACGCAGAUUUUUCGCGUUCCAUUGGAGGAGCGACGGUACAGAGAGAUGAACGAGCAGUUUGGAAAGAACCGUCAGACCCAUAUAUGUCGUGUUGUAAUGGACCGCACCGGAGCAUCAAUCCAGCUGAGUCUCGCCAAAGACCAGAGUCUCACAAUCGUGCUCACCGGAAAGACAGAGGCUGUUCAGAAGGCUCGAAUAUUAAUCCUCAAUCAGCUGCAGAUGCAGUACACGGCAGAGCUACGUAUUCCCAAGGAACAUCAUCGUUUCAUUCUCGGAAAAAGCCUCGGAAAACUGAAGCAACUGGAGAUGACGUCUGCAACGAAGAUUAGCGUACCCAAAAGCGACGAACAGUCUGACAUCAUCAAGAUCAGUGGAACGAAGGAGAAUGUGGAUAAAGCCAGUCAUGAGAUACAGCUGAUAUCUGAUGAACAGGCUAAGUUGGCAUUUGAACGAUUGAAUAUUCCUAAAAUGUAUCACCCGUGGAUCAGUGGGCCGUGGAACAAGACGACGAAGGAGAUUAUGGAGACGACUAAGGCACGCGUGAACAUGCCACCAUUUCAGGUGAUGAAGGAUGAAAUUACAGUUGCUGGAGAGAAGGAGGCUGUUGCUCAAGCCAAGACCAUGAUAAUGAAGAUAUAUGAAGACAAGAGAAGGAGGGCCAAGACAGUGUCAGUUGAAGUAAAGAAGUCGCAACACAAGUACGUUAUCGGACCAAAACGGCACACCCUGCAGGAAAUACUGGAAAGAACAGAUGUCUCGGUUGAAGUACCUCAGGAAGGCACCAGUGAAACAAUUACAUUGAGGGGUGAACCUGAUAAAUUGGGAACUGCACUGACUGUUGUAUAUGAGAAGGCUAACAGUAUUGUGACUGCGGAGGUUCAUGCUCCUCGAUGGCUUCACCGUUUCAUCAUCGGUCAGAAGGGCAAGAACAUCAACAGCAUCACCCAAGACUUACCGAAGGUGCAUGUUGAGUUCAGCUCUGAUGUCGAUGAGAUCCAACUGGAGGGCCCACCGGAGGAAGUCGAGCAGGCCAGGAGUGCUCUUGAAUCUUUUACAAAGAAACUGAUGGACUCAAUGGAUUUUGCUGUGAUUGACAUUGAUCAGAAAUUUCAUCGCCACAUUAUCGGAAAGAGUGGAGCAAACGUGAAUCGCAUCAAGCAGCGUACUGGAACUUCGAUUACUAUUCCUGCCGACAACAGCUCUAUACGCAUUGAAGGUGGCCACAAAGGAGUUGCGGAAGCAAAGAAAGAGUUACUUGAAAUGGCAGCUAAACUGGAGAAUGAACGAGUAAAGGACGUCAUGAUUGAGCACCGCUUUCACAAGCAGAUCAUUGGCGCGCAAGGGCAGCAUAUUCGAGAAGUUAGAGAGCGAUUUCCAGGAGUACAGAUUGUGUUUCCGGAUCCGAAGUCGCAGCUUGAUGUGGUGAAUCUGCGUGGACCGAAGGACAUGGUAGACAAAUGUGCGUUGCAUCUGAAGAAACAGAAUGAUGAAAUGGUUGCUGAAAACUUUGUCGCUGAGGUUCGUGUAUUCAAGGAGUUUCACAAGAAUGUGAUUGGUCGCGGAGGCGGAACUAUCAGAAAGAUUCGUGAUGAGACUAAAACGAAAAUUGAUCUUCCAACCGAGAACAGUAACAGCGACGUGAUCGUUGUCACUGGUCGAAAACAAAAUGUGGAAGAAGCAAAGAGGCGUAUCGAAGCUAUUCAAAAUGAACUGGCCAACGUGACUACAGAUGAUGUGUCAAUUCCUGCCAAACUGCAUCAGGCUGUUAUCGGUCCAAAGGGCCAGCUGAUUCGAGCGAUAUCUGCAGAGUGCGGAAAUGUGGUGAUUCGUUUUCCAUCUGGGAAGGGUGCUGGUGGUGAUAAGGACAAGGUGACUAUUCGUGGACCGAAGGGUGAUGUUGAAAAAGCAAAGAAACAGCUCCAAGAGCUGGCUACUGAACGGGCUUUGCAUAACCACACAGUUGAAGUAAGGGCAAAGCCCGAGUUUCAUCGCUUUAUUAUUGGCCGCAGUGGUGCAAACAUCCAAAAGCUUCGCGAAGAAACGGGUGCUCGUAUUGUCUUUCCAACGGAAAAAGAUGAGGAUAAGUCUCUUGUGACAGUGAUCGGAAGUCAAGAAGCAAUUGACAAGGCGAAAGCUCGUUUAGAGAAGCUGAUUGCAGAUUUGGAGAAUACGGUGGAGAGCGAGGUGAUGGUUCCCACAGAGCAUCAGCGGCACUUUGUACAGAAGCGGGGACAGGUUUUGCAUGAUAUUGCUGCCGAGUGUGGUGGUGUUAUCAUCAGUUUUCCUCGAGGCUCCAGUGUUUCUGAACGAGUCGUCGUCAAGGGAGCGAAGGAUUGCGUUGAACUGGCUAAGCAGCGAAUAGCAGAAGAAGUCGAUAACCUGGAAGCUCAAGUAACUCUUGAGUGUGUAAUUCCACACAAGCAUCAUCGUACAGUCAUGGGACUUCGCGGUCACCAUGUUCAGCAGAUAACUGCUGAUUUUGAUGUCGGUAUCAAGUUUCCAGAACGAGGGGAAGACAAAGCUGCCCUGGCUGAAGAUGGAGUCACUCCUCUUGCUGAUAUCAUCAAGAUACAUGGAAGGAAGGAGCAAGCUGAAGAAGCCAAGGAGGCUUUGUUGGCUCUUGUUCCUAUUACUGAGGAGGUGGAGAUUCCCUUUGAUUAUCAUCGAUUUAUCAUUGGUGCCAGAGGAAAGGAUGUGAGAGCAAUGAUGGACAAGUAUAAUGUCCACAUUGCCAUUCCUCAGGCAGACAAAAAGUCAGAUGUGGUCACCCUGUCGGGCGUGCCUUCUCAAGUAGAGGAAGCCAAGGAGGCAUUAUUGGAACGAGUGAGGCAGCUUGAUGCUCAGAGAGAAGAGAAAGAGCUGAGAAGCUACCAAUUGACACUGAAAGUGUUCAAUGAGCACCAUCCAAAAAUCAUUGGACGAAAAGGAGUGACCAUAUCCAAGAUUCGUGCAGAGCAUGAUGUCAACAUCCAGUUUCCCGACAGGAAUGCCGAAGACCCUGAUCUCAUUACCAUUACUGGAUACCAGGAGAGAGCUGAAGGUGCUCGAGAUGCCAUCCUCAAGAUCGUCGAGGAGCUUGAAAAGCAGGUGACCGAUGAAGUCGAGAUCGACUCUCGAGUUCACAGUCGACUGAUUGGAGCGAAAGGCAAAUCGAUUCGGAAAGUGAUGGAUACCUACAGUGUCGAUAUUCGCUUUCCGAAAGACAAGGAGAGCAGUAUGGUCACCAUCUCGGGAUUGGAGGACAACGUUGAGGAGGCAAAGGAUCAUCUACUGAAUCUGGAAGAAGAAUAUCUUCAGGAUGUGAUUGAGCGUAUGGACGAGGAGGCCAUGAUGCGCGAGUACACACACCGACCGUCGGAACGCUACGGGAGCGACGACCUCGACCAGCAGGAUUACUCCACCGGAUUCGUCGUCCGAGGCGCUCCGUGGAGCGGGGCCUCGAACGGAACGCAGUCGAAGGGCGAGAAGAAGAAGAAGGAGGAGGCGGUGGCGAACGCGCCGACAAUGGACGACUUUCCCACCAUCGGGAACGGCUCGACGACCCGUUCCGCUCCUGUCUGGCCGGCGCGUAAGUCCUGACUGAACGAGUUGGAUUGCGGACGGACUUCGCAGCGUCUUGCCUUUUCAGCGUUGAAUUUGUUAGCGCCUUAAGUUUGAUUAUUUUGACGAAAUUCGAUCCGUUCUAACAA